UAUUAUCAUUGUUAUCAAAUACUACUCUUACGACAGAAACAGAACAAGCUUUUGUUUUAACGUGUGCAUACCGAAAAUUUGGAAAACUGCUUCCAUCGUGAAUCAUAUGUUUCAUAAUAAUUUUUUGAUAAUAUCUCGUAUUAAAUAGAUAUUACGCGAUGUCGUACAAUAGUACAUCUAAUACAGAAACGCCCAAGGAAAAAAAAAUUCAACAACGUAAUUCAAUUGUGAUUGAAAAUGUGCCAAAUACGAAAAUCGCAAAUUUCGAAACGGCAAUUUCCGUCGCUGGAAUCGGAAAAUUUCAAUAUCUUCUCAUUAUUGGGAUUAUCCCAAUUUCAUGGGGAUCUAGUAUAGAUACAGCUAAUAUGUCGAUGAUACUUACAUCGGCGGAGUGCGAUUUAGGAUUGUCACUAUUUGAUAAAGGGCUUUUGAACGCAAUCACCUAUGUGGGUAUGAUGUUGAGUGGUUUUAUGUGGGGAUAUCUCGCUGACGUUAAAGGAAGAAAAAAGAUUAUAUUAUAUGGCUAUUUGGCGGAUGGUAUCUGUAAUAUAUUUGCAGGUUUUUCACAAAAUUUUGAGACGCUUGUGUUUUUCAAAUUUCUCAGUGGCUUUAUUGUUAGUGGACCAUAUGCUGCUCUUCUGGCAUAUUGCUCGGAAUUUUAUGACGAUAAAGGUAGAGCGAAAAUUCCACUUAUUGUCGGCUUUUCUGUUUCAUUCGGAUAUGUAGUUAAUGCAGUAUUUGCCUGGCUAGUGAUUCCUCAGCCAUGGUCAAUUGUUUUUGGAGACGGCGUCUUUGUCUAUAAUUCCUGGAGAAUAUAUCUAUCUAUCUGUGGAUUACCGAUGUUGAUAGGCGCUGCCUGUCUCUGUUUCUUUCCGGAGAGUCCCAAGUUUUUAAUGACACAAGGUCGUAAGAAAGAUGCUCUUAAAGUCUUUAGAGAAAUCUACAGUAUAAAUACUGGUCUGUCUAAAGAUAAUUAUCCUAUACAUGCCUUGGGAGAUGUAAAUUUAAACAAUACUAUAGAGCAAUCGUAUUCAUCAAAAUCUCAAAAUAAAACAAAAUCUUUAAAAGAUGGUGUUCAACAGAUGAAGCUUAUGUUCUUGAAUCCACAUUUAUCACGUAUAUUGUUAUUAGUUACCAUACAAUUCUGCGGAAUGUUAUGUUUAAAUACCCUUCGCCUUUGGCAGCCACAGCUCUUUAUAACGAUAGAGAACUUUAACAGUCUUAAUACUAACAUAAAUAAUCUUACUUUUUGCGAAAUAUUGGAUAUUUCUACAUCUGUAACAGAAAAUGCAACUGUUGCAUUAAAGGAAAUGUUAAAUUGUGAAAAAAUUGUUAUACCAGAUUCAAUAUACAUCGAUACUAUUAUUGUAUCAGCUAUUUCUAGUUUUUGUAUAUUAUGUGCUAGCAUUUUUGUUAAUUAUCUCCAACACAAAUAUCUUUCACUCAUCAGCUAUGGAUGUGCGCUUCUGUGUUCUGUUUCCUUAAUCUGGUCUAGAAAUACAUUAAUUACCCUUAUACUUACAUGCUUAUACGUUGGAUUAUUGAAUAAAGCUUUUAACGUUACGCUUGGAGCAACUGUUUUACUUUUUCCCACAUCGUUAAGAGCCAUGGUAGUAAGUAUGGAAAUGAUAAUGGGAAAAAUGGGAAGCAUAAUCGGUAAUCUCAUCUUUCCAAUCUUACUUGAGUAUAACUGCGUAGCACCGAUUAUUAAUUUGAUAUGCUUCAAUUUGCUAAGUAUAUUUCUUACGUGUUUUGUACCAAGUACACGCAAGCAUGAAGUAUAAGGAUCAUUGCUUUGUUAAUUAUACGAAAAUAAAAAGAAUAAUCAAAAGCAGAGGAUCUUUAAAAAAAAACACAAAAAGAGCACAUUGACAGGUUUGCUUAGGUUUCGCACUUUUUUAACAUUUCCGAAAAUCCACGAUUGUUAGCAGAGCUUCCAAGGACUUAGAUCGAAGUUUAUCAUGAAUCAUGAUCGAAUCUAUAUGAAGGCAGACAAUGAUCAUGCGCGCGCGCGCGCGCACAC